GAGGUCUUCAUCACCGGUAACCCUCCUGCUCUGCGACCAGCCACUUUCAGAUGCCCUUCAAACACUCCCUCCGUGGAUUUUUGGAUCCAGAAGACAUUUUUAAUACUUAAAGCUGGAAACCCUUCACACCACGGUUUUCGAUGAUCACCUUCCGACCAAAACCCCCAUCGGUUCUUAAAAGGAUUUUACGCAAAAGAACAAGCACGUUCAACCACACCUUCCACCUUCCACUGUGCCGGGAGGAAGUUGGGAUGAGCAAGGGGCCCUGAGGAGUCGGCGGAGGAGGUAUGAGGCGUGGGAUCGGUGAAGACAGCAGGAAUUGUCUGCUUUCCAUGUGAACUUCCAGCACCAUGCCAAACCUGCUGGCAGCCCAGCACAACAGGAUCAAACUCCUGCUUCCUCUACUUCUAAUGGUGGUCAGCGAGCAGAAAGCGACAGCCUCGUUGCUCGAAAGCCUCAUUUCUAAACGCACGGAGUACUGGGAAAACUGCAACAGCACCCUGACGUCUGCUCCUUUUCCAGCAAAUGGCAACUACUGUAAAGGAAGUUUCGAUAAGUUUGUGUGCUGGCCCCAUUCAUCUCCGGGGAAUGUGUCUGUCCCCUGUCCUCCCUUCUUACCGUGGAUCACAGAGGACGGCAACAGAAGGGCAUAUCGGGAAUGCUUGGAGAACGGCAGCUGGAGAAAGAUGGAGAACUCCUCAGAUCCCUGGCGAGACGAUUCUGAAUGUAAGGAGGACCAAUACUUUAAAGACAAGGAGGAAGAAUUGCUGCGUCAUUCCGCGCUGCGGCUCAUCUCUGUUAUUGGCUAUUCCCUGUCGCUGUUCUCCCUCACUCUGGCCACUCUCCUCAUGGGCAUGCUGAGGAAGCUGCACUGCACCAGAAACUACAUCCACAUGAACCUGUUUGUGUCAUUCAUCCUGCGGGCGGCCGCCGUCAUUUCGAAGGAAAUUAUCUUCCAUCUCAUGUACUCCAACCUGCCCAAGGACGACCCCGGAUGGAACUCCUACUCCAGCUCUGCGAUGGUGCUACUGUGCAAGUUCUCCAAAGUGAGCAUGGAGUACUUUGUGGCGUGUAAUUACUUCUGGCUCUUGGUGGAGGCCAUUUUCCUUCACACGCUGCUCUUCACUGCAGUGCUGACCAAGAGGUGCCUGUUGAAGAAAUACGUUCUGCUAGGAUGGGGGACUCCAGUCCUGUUCGUGACGCCAUGGACCAUGGUUAAGAUUCUGUAUGAGAACACAGGGUGCUGGUCAAUCAUGAACAGAUGGUUCUGGUGGAUAAUAAGAGGCCCGAUUACUCUAUCAGUGCUGGUCAUUUUCUUCAUAUUCAUCAAAAUUCUGAUGCUGCUGUUGUCGAAGCUGAAAGCCGAUCAGGUGAAAUUCACCGACUACAGAUACAGUUUGGCCAGGGCAACGUUGGUGCUGAUUCCCCUGCUGGGAAUCCAUGAAGUGGUCUUCACAGUGCUAAUAGAUGAGUGUAUGGAGGGCAGCAGCCGCUAUGCCCGGAACUUCAUUAACCUCACCCUCAGUUCCUUCCAGGGAUUCUUGGUUGCUGUGCUGUACUGUUUUGCUAAUGGAGAGGUCCAAACUGAGCUGAAAAAGCGCUGGCAACUGUUUUUGUUCACAAACCAUUUCAAGGUCCGGACCUGUUUUCGAGGAGCAAAUCUCAAGCACCUUUGGAAGUGUACUCGGCGGCAGCACAGGAAGCGCUCUCGGCAGUUUGACUCCUAUGGCGAAGGCCCCACUUCGACGGCUCGCCCACACCUCCUCCAGGUGGCUGUGCAAGCUGGAAGUAGGCCUCUUGGACUCGGGCCACUUAAAGGCCAGGGAAUUGAGGGCUACGACUCAGCAGGGCUCGACUUUCUUACCAGGAAGAGUCUUUCCAGUAGCGAUGGUGAGAUGACGCUGGGAGAGACGAUGGAGGAGAUUUUGGAAGAGAGCCAGUUCUGAACUCAGUUGGUAAAAUCCAACCAAAUUGGGGUUCAGACAAUGAAUGUAUUCUCCAAGUAGAAUGAGCCAACUUCAGGGGAUGGGAAAAUGGUUUUAGAAAUGCGGCUUGUUCUACCAAGACUUGUAUUACCCGAACCAUAAAAAGAAAUUACGGUUUAUGUGGCAAGGAUUCAUUUGCCUAUAUCUCUCUGGGGGAUGUGAUAAAGACUCUAAUCCUAGCUUUAAUCCUGUGCACUAAAUGGUUAUGUGAUGCAACCAAAAAGACUUUCACUCACGAGCCACACGAGCCAACCACCUGCUCUGACACUUACCUUAAAGGAGCUGGAAUUGCCAAACCAGCAACAGACAUCUGUAUCACUGGUUACGAUGGAACACUGCUCCAAACCCCAACUUCCAUCGCAUUUUUACCACAAUCUCGGCUCUCCGACUACCUCCAUUAUCGGCUUUAAGGAUCAACAGCAGCAGGUCUCCGAUGCGGCCAUGGUCUUUUCCAAGGUCACACAGAGACGGAAUAAAAAGCAUCUCUGCCUUGGCUCGUGAAAAGUGCUUUUGAAUCCUUUUCAUUUUCUGCAAAAAUGCUGAUUUCAACACAAGGAGUGAAGGAAAUGAAAGCGGAACUUGGAACUUAUGGUAUAACUUCAUGGUAAUAUGGAAGACAGCCAAUCUGUGAAAAACGUGGUGUUGAUUGGGUCCUUCUAGUGAGUCACUCAAAGCCUCAUGUAGUCUCCACCCAGACCCAAACACUGUAACCUCUACAACUACUGCAUCCAUCAUCUUCUGUGAAUAGGGAGACUUGUAAUUUGCCUUUUUUUCUUGAUCUUUGAUCAUGUGAAGAUAAUUCGUGUUUUCCUGUGAAUUAUCUUACGUUAUCUCUUAUGUGCGAUAGUAUUUCAUAGUCUUCUGUAUUUUGGAUCAAUGCUGCCUCCUUUGGUACUUCAAUGUUUAUGUGAAAGAACAUUGAGGUUCCCUCACAACCACAAGCCAAACUAUUCUGCCUUCAUAUAAUUUAAAUGCAGAAUUCUUUGUGAAUUGAAUCUGUGCGUUCUUGUGAUAAAAUGGACUCUAGACAUUCCUUCAAAUUGCGACUGUAAUAGUGAACUGACACCAUAUUUUUUCAUUUUCUUCAGGAUGUAGAGCUAUUUACUAUUUUUAGGGUUUUAUUUGUUGCUAUUUCUCAGAUAUUAAAAAAAUUGUUCUGUGUCAUGUUUUCGUUGGCAAAAAAUGCCAAAAAAGAAACAUCUUCAAAUAGCAAUUUUAAAUAUUUAACCAAAUAUUAUAAUGUUAAUGUCGAUGUGUGUAAGCUUACACAACAAACUUUCCUAUCUCUCACAAAAGUUAUAGCAGUAUCAAUCUCUUUUUGAUUUUGGUGAUUUAUUUUGUAAACUAUGAUAUGGCAGGCCAAUGAAAUAUAUCCAAAUGUCACGUCAUCUGGAUUGAAGUGUGCAUAUAAAUACAAUGUAUUUGUUUUUUCAAUGUGAAUAAUACUGGGCCUAAAGUAUUAUUUAGUAUUAUUAAGCAGGCUUUAACUUCCUUUGUAUCCAUGUGAUGCUUCAGUGAUUACUGUACAUAGUGAACUAUGAAACAUUUGUACAUAUGAACACUGUGAUGUAUGUGCACAAAU